UUUCGAGUUGCGGAGCUUCGUCAAGGAUUAAACAGCAAGCUUGCCAAUAACGAGGUGGCGUUUAUGCUGCUUGAAGGAGCCAUGGUUGUCAUUGCUGCCACCUGCAUUACAGCUUCCCACCCGGGCGUUGCGUUUCAGGGCAGAUGGGGGGAGGCAGAUUUCCAGCUUCGUUCGAGAAGGGAAAAGAAUGGUUUCCAAGAAGCAACCUCAAGCCCUGUACCACUGGGACCAAUAUAGACACUGCAGGCUACACCGACGAACUGACGACGUUUGCACAAAACUAUCGAUCGACCUCCUUGGUAGACUAUCUGGGUAGGACUGUACCAAAGUGCUGAUCCCCCUUCGCCUCAAAAUAAUGACCAUCGACGAUUUUCUGCGUGCCUGUCCCGAAAUUGUUGUAUUGGCGAUUCCCGUCGCAGUGCUGAUGGGCAGUACCGGCCUGCCUGUUGCAAUCAGGGUCGCUCGGAAGCUGUGGACUCGCAUGCAAGUGCAGUUCCUCAUAGAAGCAACUAAUCUCGAUCGCAACGCUCUCAAAGCCUGCCGCGUAAUCCAAGGUCGCAACGAGAAUGUCAUCGAUCGCCCCGACAUCUUCGCCCAGCUCGAAAUCCUCUUGCCGCCAAAGUCCGAGUACCAGAGCGCCGCCCUCUGCGGCCUCGGCGGUUCCGGGAAAACCCAGGUGGCGCUUGAAUACGGCCACCGCCGAUGCCGCGACCCCGCAUGCUCCGUCUUCUGGGUCCACGCCGACAACGAGACGACGUUCGCGCAGGAUUACAAGACGAUCGCAAGGAAGCUAGGCCUCGCAGACAACCUCGACGGCAAGGAGCUGCUGGUGGCUGUGCGCGAGCGCAUCGAGGCGGACCCAUGCUGGGUGGUCAUCUUCGACAACGCCGACGACCUGGCGUUGUUUGGCGUCGGCCAGACGUCCCACGACACGUCGGGUGGCCAGGUGGAGGAAUCGACGGGGAAACCAGCAAGCUUGUACGACUACAUCCCGCAAGGUGCCACCGGGACGGUGCUGUGGACAAGCCGCGACGGACGAAUCGUCGGAACUCUGGUUGGCGCGCCGCGGGGGAUCCGGGUCGGCCCAAUGUGCGGUGACGAGGCGAUGGCACUACUGGAGACAUCAAGAAACGAAAAGAUCAGCAGUGAAGAGGUUGGCGACGCUGGGAAAUUACUCGAAAAGCUCCAGUGGCUCCCUCUGGCCAUCUCGCAAGCUGGAGCAUACUUGCGGAGGACGUCGAUGAUGAUAACAGAGUACUUGUCCAGACUGGAGGAGGAAAAGGAGCGAUGGCGAGUCCUCGAGGCGACGGAAUUUGAUCGGCACCGACGACCCAACGUACCCAACAGUAUUUUGGAGACGUGGAGCAUUUCAAUCGAACGUAUUCGACUAGGCAACGAAAUGGCAUACAAAAUACUGCACAUUAUUGCGUAUGUUAACAACCAAAACAUCCCGUUUGAGAUACUAGCGGCAGCAGGUAUGUUCGGCGACGAGGUACCGAAGGGGGAGUCGUGGGAGGAUAAGGAUCGGGUGGUGGAAGCUGCCACUCGACUAAAGGAGUUCUCGUUCCUCGAGUUGAACAGGGGAGAAGGGGGUGUGCAGAGCUACGAGAUGCACAAGCUUGUUCAAGAGGCCACCCGAUACAGACUCAGUGGGAGCAAGUCUGAAGGCGGAAUAUACUUUGCAAAUGGGGCGAUACAGAUCAUGGCAAAGCUCUUUCCCAAGCCGAAGCAAGAAACAUGGGCAGAAUGUGAGAAGUACAUUGCGCAUGCAGAACAAGUAGGCGAGUGGGCAGAGAUUUGUAAGAAGGAGGUGGAGGUAUCAGAUCUUUUGACUCAAGUUUCGCGCUAUUUAUUCGAAUGUGGGAGAUGGAGGGAGAAGGAGCCGGUGGAUAAGAGGGCAUAUGAGCUUCGGAAGCAGGUACUGGGGGGAAAUGAUCUGCGUACGAUUUGGAGCAUGGCAUCGCUUGCGAUAACAUACCUUGAACAGAGGAAGUUUGACGAGGCGGAGAAGAUCAAUGUGGAAGCGUUGUUAAGGUUGCGGCAAGAGGGUUUAGGCAAUGAGCAUGACGAGACGAUUCUGAUCAUGGUGUCACUUGCGGCGACAUACCAGGGACAGGGAAGGUGUGACGAGGCGGAGAAUAUCUAUAUGGAAGCGUUGGGGCUGCUGCAGGUUCUUGGGGACAAGCAUCACGAAACGAUGGAGACCAUGGCAUUACUUGCAAUAGUAUACAAUGCACAGGGGAGGUAUGACGAGGCGGAGAGGAUCCUGGUGGAAGCGUUGAGGCUAUGGCGCGAGAUUCUUGGGGACAACCAUCUCGACACGAUUGCCAGCAUGGGGUUACUUGCAAUGACAUACCAUAGACAGGGGAGGUAUGACGAGGCGGAGAGGAUCCAGGUGGACGUGUUGAGGCUACGGCGCAAGGUUCUUGGGGACAACCAUCUCGACACGAUUGCCAGCAUGGGGUUACUUGCAAUGAUAUACCAUAGACAGGGGAGGUAUGACGAGGCGGAGAGGAUCCAGGUGGACGUGUUGAGGCUACGGCGCGAGGUUCUUGGCAACAAGCAUCCCGACUCUCUGCACGCAAUGUCUGACCUUGCUGUUACCUGGAAGAGCCAAGGCCGACGCGACGAUGCGCUUGCCAUGUUGGAGGAGUGCUUGCAACUGACACGCAGUGUCUUGGGGCCGGACCACCCCGAGGCGAAAGUUUAGACCAAACUCUUAAUCGCUGGAAGGCUACAGAAACGCCAGAAGUGCUGGGUGUCUAGUGUGAAGAGAAUGUUAUUAAUGAAAG